AUGGGCAACAAGGCAUGGCAUGUGGAAGGCAAGACGGGCUUCGACGCCCUCAAGCUCCAGGACGACCCAGUGCCGGAAGUUGGGGAUAAGGACGUUCUCGUCAGAUUCCACGGCUCCUCCCUCAACUACCGCGACCUCGUCAUCCCCAAGGGCAUGUACCCCUUCGCCCAGCGAGACGGCGUAGUCCCAGCCUCCGACGGAGCAGGAACAGUCGAGCAAGUAGGCAAGAACGUGACAAGAUUCAAGAAAGGGGACAAAGUCAUCACACUCUUCAACCAGGGACACAUCGCCGGCAGCCUAGAUGAGCACUCCGUCAUGGGCGGCGUCGGCGGUGCCGUCGACGGCUGCCUGAGACAAUACGGAGAAUACGACGAGCAAGGCCUGGUGACCAUGCCCUCGAACCUCAACUUCCUCGAAGCAUCCACCUUGACCUGCGCGGGCCUCACCGCCUGGAACGCCCUCUACGGCCUGAAGACGCUCCUCCCCGGCGACUGGGUCCUCACGCAAGGCACCGGCGGGGUGUCCAUCUUCGCCGUGCAAUUCGCCAAAGCCGCCGGCGCCCGCGUCAUCGCAACCACCUCCUCCGCCUCCAAAGGCGAGAAGCUCAAGCAGCUCGGCGCAGACCACGUCCUCAACUACAAAGAAGACACCAACUGGGGCGAAACCGCCAAGAAACUCACCGGCGGCCGCGGCGUGCAGCACGUCGUGGAAGUCGGCGGGCCCAACACCAUGGCGCAGUCGCUCAAAGCCAUCGCCUUUGACGGCGUCAUCAGCAUCAUCGGCUUCAUCGGGGGAGCGAAGGGCGAGCAGCAGCCGACGUUCUUGGAGACGCUUACGAACAUCUGCACGGUGCGGGGGCUGCUUGUGGGUUCGAGGCAUCAAUUUGAGGAGAUGAAUCGCGCGAUUGAGGCGAAUAAUAUCAAGCCGGUGAUUGAUGCGAAGGUGUGGAAGUUGGAUCAGGUGAAGGAGGCGUAUCAGUAUAUGUGGGAUCAGAAGCACUUUGCGAAGGUCUGCAUUGAGAUUGACUAG